GCUGUGAAACUACAGUAACUCGCAGGUGAACAGUAGCGCGUCAGUCCACCCUCCUCUUCUCUCCUCUUCUCUCCCGUCCACUGCCGCUGCUGCCAGGCAGGCAGACACAAACACGAGCGGAGGAAAAAAAAAGCUCACGACUCUCCACCGACCAGAAUAACCAACCGCCUUGACUCCCAAACACGUUUUUUUUUUUCUUCCUAAUUCCAGAGUGGAGAACAUCUCCUGACUGGACCUGAGAAUCUGCGGAUUUGAAAGGACACGCGUAAAGGCCAGCUACAGAGGAACUCUUAAUAAAUGAGCCGGAGUGUCAAAAAGGAUUCUUUCUCUUUUCGGUCUCCGGGUCUCCUCUUGUUGGCGUGGAGCAAUGGUGCGUGCUUCACUGGACUCGACCAGCGAAUUCGCAGGCUGAUGAAACACUUUGUCAAUCCUCUUUUUCUUUCUUUGCUUUACUGCACCCCCGUGAGAAACCUGCAAACCAUCACCGUAGCGCAGCAGUGAUAGAUCUUCCUAUAGACAUUUGGGUUGUGCGUGCUUUUUCAAUCGCCCUGCUCUCGUGAAAUGCAUCACUUCUGCUCGCGAUUCCCGCCCGUCUGACUUUAGUUUUUCAUAAAAGAGUGGCGGAUGAUCAAAAUGUUUCUCCAUCUGUCUGCGUGAGGGAUGGCGACCAAACCGCGCCAAGUCCAAGAGUGGUUAUCUUCACGUUCGCACAUGUUCGGAUGGAUAAUGACAGCUUAUGCCACAGGUGAAUGAAUAUCGGCUCGGUUUCUCUCAGCAGCGAGUGUUUUGAAGCUGUUUUUGCGACUCUGGCAUUCAGAUCGAGCUUGUUGCACGGUGACGAUGGAUCUCAAAGUGGAAACCGAAGAAAUGGACACAAAUCAACCUCCACCCAUCGAAGUUUUUGCGCACAGCUCGACUCUGCACGGGAUCUCUCACAUUUUUACAUACGAGCGGUUCUGCGUCAAACGCUGCCUGUGGGUCGUGUUUUUCUUGGGGUCUCUGACCUUCUUGCUGUUCGUGUGCGUGGACCGGAUCCACUUCUACCUCGAGUACCCGCACGUCACCAAACUGGAUGAGGUCACGACCCCGAUCAUGACGUUCCCCGCGGUCACCUUUUGCAACCUGAACGCGUUUCGGUUCAGCCGGGUGUCGCGCAAUGACCUGUACCACGCAGGGGAGCUGCUGGCCCUGCUCAACCAGAGGUAUGAGAUCAGGGACAUACAUCUUGUGGAGGAGAGUGUCCUGGAGAGCCUAAAGGUUAAAGCCGAUUUUCAUAAUUUCAAACCGCGACCCUUCAACAUGCGGGAAUUCUACGACCGAACCGGCCACGACAUCAACGACAUGCUGCUGGCCUGCCACUUCCACGGCACUGAGUGCAGAGCGGAGGACUUCAAAGUGGUCUUCACUCGCUACGGGAAGUGUUACACCUUUAACGCCGGCGGUGAUGGACGCCCUGCUCUCUUCACCACCAAGGGAGGUAUGGGUAACGGACUGGAGGUCAUGCUGGACAUUCAGCAGGAUGAAUACCUGCCUAUCUGGGGAGAAACAGAUGAGACUUCAUUUGAAGCCGGCGUCAAAGUUCAGAUCCACAGUCAGGACGAGCCGUCCUUCAUUGACCAGCUCGGCUUUGGCGUGGCACCCGGCUUUCAGACGUUUGUUUCCUGUCAGGAGCAGAGGCUGAUAUAUCUUCCUCCUCCUUGGGGAGACUGUAAGGUGACGGCGAUGGAUUCAGACUUCUUUGACAGUUACAGCAUCACAGCCUGUCGCAUCGACUGCGAAACUCGCUACCUGGUGGACAACUGCAACUGUCGCAUGGUGCACAUGCCCGGCGAUGCUCCCUACUGCACCCCCGAGCUGUACAAAGAAUGUGCUGACCCAGCUCUUGACUUCCUGGUGGAGAGAGACAAUGAUUUCUGUGUGUGUGAGACGCCGUGCAACAUGACCAGAUACAGCAAAGAGCUGUCCUUCGUCAAGAUCCCCAGCAAGGCCUCCGCUAAAUAUCUGGCAAAGAAAUACAACAAAUCUGAGCAGUAUAUUAAAGAGAAUAUUCUGGUUUUAGACAUCUUUUUUGAGGCUCUCAACUAUGAAACUAUUGAACAGAAGAAAGCUUAUGAAGUGGCUGGACUUUUAGGUGAUAUCGGUGGUCAGAUGGGACUUUUUAUUGGAGCAAGCAUACUCACCAUUCUGGAGAUAUUUGAUUACCUUUAUGAGGUAAUAAAGUACAAGUUGUGCCGCUGCUCCGAUAAGAAGCACAAGCACAACAACAACAACGACCAGGGAACGGUCUUGAGCUUGGACGAUGUAAAGUGUCACGUCAGUAACUUUCAUUAGGCUCCUGCAGACGCGAGGAGGAGGAGGAGGGGGCCCGCUGUGCUCUCUUGUCUCCGAGCCGUCUCGUGGACUUUGUUCAUUGCAGUUUUCUUUCCAGACUGCAGGAGCGACCAGAGGAAGGUGUCUUAACUGUGCCUGGUAAGGUUUGUACGUAUAUACAACAUGUGGCUGAAGGGAGGAGAAGCCACACGGACGGCAGGACAGCAGAAACCAGAGAUCCGAUAUGUUGUGAUGGAUUAAAAAAAAAGUCAGACUAACUGCAUGGUCAUCUGUAAACAGCUUCUCAAGACGUAGUAUCAGAUAUGGGGGCAUGAACCGAGCUGAGGUUCGUACGUGUUCAGUGAAUCAGCAUUAGAAAUCCCAGCUGUGUGGUGGUGUUUGUCAUCUGUCAAUCUGAAGGAGCUCUUUGUAAAAUAAUUGAUGGGACAGGUUUGUUUUCACUUACAAGUAGUGUUUCUUUAUUAUUAUUCUAAGUUUUUUUUUAGGUAUUUGCAUGUCAGUGCUGAACAUUCUUUACUUUUUUUCCUUUGGCUUUUGCUUUCAUUGCUCUUGUUCCUCUUUCUUUCCACCAACUUUCCAUUUUUAUAUGCAUGUCAUCCAACCUUAUGUUAUGCCCGACGUCUUCCCUCGUUAAAACCUGAGCAUUUUUGCCAAUAUACUGUACUACCUCAUCUUGCAGGGCGACAGCGCCCUUAAGAAUUUACAAGCCAAGCAAAUUAAUAAUAAAAAGGUGAUUUCCGUGUAUAGAAAAGAGCAGAACAGGUUGAAAAAAAGGAAUCAGGCCUUAAGGCGAGUCCAUGCGACAUUUGCUGAGCAGUCUUUUUAACAGAAGACAUUUUGACUUGUCACAGUAAGAAAAUCAAAGGUGUAAAUGCAGCAGUGUCUAACUCAAGUUUGCCAAUAUUAGCUACCAUUAGCUACCAUAAGCUACUAUUCACAUCAGAACAAGUAAACCUAGAAGCCGCAAAAUCCCUGACCGCACUGAACUGAAUUGAGAAUAGUUAGACUUUUAGGAAAUAAGCUUAUUUGCAGAGAGUUAGAUGAGAAGAGUGAUACUGUAAAAUAUGACAUGACAGCCAGGAGCUGGUUAGCUUAGCUUAGCACAGAGAGUGGAAACAGGUGGGUAGCAACAAAUGACAACAACCUAUAAGCCCUAACCCAUAAAACCACGUGUGUCGUUUUUGCUGUAAUUGAAAUUGUUACCUUUGGACAGAGCCAGGCUAGCUGUUUCCAGUCAUUAUGCUAAGCUAAGCUAACUGGCUGCUGGCUGUAAACAUUCUCCACUCGAGAACUAAACCCAUUUUUUCCCCAUAAUGCUGAACUUUUGCUUUUAAACACUUUUAGUAUUUUGAAGAACAUACGGUAAAAUUAGGGAAAACAAGUAUUUUAACAUGAAAAAGAGACAGUUGGAUACACAGCCACAAAAUGAAAUGGUGUACAACCAGGUGCUACUUACUGUAUGAUUUGCCUUCAAAAUUCCCUUUCAAUGACAAUCACUGUAUACGUUUAGAGAAAUUUAAAACGCGUAAAAACCGACAUUAAUCGAAGGCAGUGUCUUACAUUUUUACAUGUAGAUGCUGUUCAUCACAUUUAAGGGAAUUUACCUUCGAUGUUUGUUAAGUUAACAUGGCAAGAAAAAAUGAAUCAGUAUAAAUAUGUUGAAUGUGUUUUGCCAUCUUCUAGGGCUCUGAGUUGCAUGUAGCACUGUACAGUAGGCGUCUUAAAUGUGGUCCAUCAACGAACAGGUUUAUCUGCAGUUUACGUCAUCAUCUGUCAGUGUGUUUGGUUGGAUAUGGAUAUUUUUUUGAAUUUGUGUGUGUGUUUUUUAACAACGUUGCCCGCCGUCUGCGGCAGAUUCAGAAGCUGAAAAAGGAAAAAUUGAAAAUGCUGCCCUCGUAUCCAAAACACCGUAUCUGUCAUCAGUUAGUAAACAUGUGGGCUCUGGCGGUGCAUGUUCAAUACUGUGUCUAUUCUAACUCUGUUUACAAAAAUCAAACAAUAUUCUGUUGCCGUUAAUUUACUUGCACUCAUUCCCAUUGAGUUCUGUGUUUUCUUAACAGGAAAUGGGAAAUGUAUAGAGUACAGUGUAUCAAGCACAAUCAUACCAUCAACCGCAGUGUAAUGUAAAUAUUGGAUAAUAAUCUCAUUGUAAUUACGAUCGUCUGAUCUGUGUAACGUUGUACUUGUUGUAUUUAUUUAAUCUAGACUAUUGCGUGUCUCUUUUUCUGUGUACAUAUAUGAUUGUAGGUUUAUUUAUGAGAAGUAUAUUUAUCAAAUAUUAAAGUAUCAGGCUAUUUCUAUUCCUUUUGUUUGUAUUGCUACGGUCACAGCUGCUUCAAAUGUAUCAUCAGUAAAUAAAGAUGAACAGCUGGGUUGUUGUUGUCAAGCGGCCACUGCAUGAGGUCAUGCAUCUCAAUACAAGUCCGAGUAUUAAAGAUUGAUUAUUUUAGUCUGGUGAUGUAUAAAAUGCAAUGGCCUUGAAGCAGUUGUUAUAUUAAAGAUGAAAUGCUAACUAUGCGUUUCUUUUCAGUGGAUAGAAUUUUCUGUUCAUUCUGAUCAAGAUCCAUCAGUUUGUUCAGACAUUCAUGGUUCCCAGAUGAUGUACUGUGAUUACUUUGGUGAUCCUCUG